AUAUCUUAUUUCCUACAUCUUUGCAGAUGGAAAGGCAGUAUCUACAAGCUAGUCUGGCCCGAGCUGCUAUUCUACACAUCUCUCUAUUACACCUGUAGUGCCACCUAUAGAUUCGUUCUUGAUGAGAGCCAGAGGAGAACGUUCGAGAAGGUCUCCAUCUACUGCGAGUCCUUCAUAGACCUGAUCCCGGUGUCCUUCGUCCUGGGCUUCUACGUGAGCAUCGUCGUCCAGCGUUGGUGGGACCAGUACAUGUCCCUCCCUUGGCCCGACUCGCUGGCUCUCUUCGUCUCCACUUCGAUCCAUGGCCAGGAUGAGCGUUCCCGACUGAUGAGGAGAACUGUCAUGCGUUACGUCAAUCUUACAGAACUCAUCACACUGGUCAUGAUAAGUCCCACGGUCAAGAAAAGGUUCCCAACGCUUGACCACCUGGUAGAAGCAGGUUUCAUGACAUCAAAUGAAAAAAAGAUUUUUGAUGAUUUAGAUGCAAAGACAUCACACCCCAAGUACUGGAUGCCCCUUGUGUGGGCUGGCAGCAUUGUGUCACGUGCCAGGAAAGAGGGCAGAAUCCGCGAUGACUUUGCCGUGAAGACAAUCAUCGAUGAAAUCAAUAGGUUUAGAGGACUGUGUGGUGGUCUCCUCAGCUACGAUUGGAUCAGCAUACCACUUGUUUACACACAAGUCGUCACCCUUGCUGUGUAUACCUUUUUCCUCGGGACCAUCAUGGGUAGACAAUUUCUUGAUCCAAAACAGAACAUCCCAAAGCAUACUUUAGAUUUCUUCGUGCCUGUUUUUACACUGCUGCAGUUCUUCUUCUACAUGGGCUGGCUCAAAGUCGCAGAAUCACUUGUCAAUCCUUUUGGAGAAGACGACGAUGAUUUUGAAGUCAAUUGGCUCGUGGACAGAAAUCUGCAGGUAUCAUACCUCAUUGUGGAUGAAAUGCACAGUGAACAUCCAGAACUGAUUCAAGACAUGUACUGGGAUGAGAUCUUCCCACAAGAAUUGCCUUACACAGUUGCAUCUGAGCAGUUCCGCAGAGAGCCUCCACAAGGUUCCACUGCACAUAUUGAAGUGCCAGAACCAGAUCAGGAAUUUUUGCCUCUCUUGGAAGAAAUGGAUGAUGAGGAAGACUUGCAAGAAGAGAAUGUUGGGGAUGUUAAGGUUGACAUGAAGAAUGGCACACAAGCUAUAGAUAUCAUGAAGAAAACUGGAAGCAUAGGUUCUUCAAUCUCUCGUAUGUCAUCUCAGACCAUGGCAUCUCGUAAACCAUCCAUGCUGUCCAUGUUGAUGCAAAAAGUGAGAUCUGGGAGUCACGAAAAUGUGAGGAGAAGGAGCAGCAAACCUCUUGGAAGCACAACUUCAAUGCGACACAUGCGAAAACAACGAGGCCUGAUGAGGUCUGCGUCAAGGAUGUCUUCUUCGUCUCAAGUCUGUCAGAGUCCUGAAUCCGUUGCCAGAAAUCCUACCAUAAUAACCCAGGAUAGUGCCAUCUUCCGUAUGUCGGAUUUGUCCCUCAACACUGGCCAGAGGGAUGAUGCUCCAAGUCCACGAGUGAAGGGGAGACACCCAUCGUGUGAGGAUGAUGAACCAAUACUUAUCAAAAUAAAAAGAAGAGAUAAUACAGGCCGUGUAAUAUCACCAACCUCAGAUGAAUAUGAUGUUUUAAGUGAGUCAAGUCGGACGCACUUGCUACCAAGCAGGCAGAGAAAGGAGAGUGAAAGGUUUAGUGAGAGCAUUGGUGAUGAAAUUUCUGAAGCAGACUUUGAAUUAUCAACAAAGGGAGAAAGCCAGGGCAGUAAUGCUUCUAUCAGAACAUCAAUAUUCCAAGGAGAUGGAGACGAAGAUGAUAUUAGCAUGGAAGAAAGAUCAGCGUCUCUGGCCCGAAAGAGACGGAGGGGGCUGAACUUCAAAGGAGCACUGACAAAGAUACUUAGCCCAACCCCAUCCAUCCAUGCUGACAAUGGCAGCACUGCAUCUUUGAGGAGCUUCAGUGGUAGCAAGAGCCCUGUGUCUGGUACACCCCCAUACAGCAAGUUUACAUACCCAAAAUACGAAAACCAAGAUUCCAGGUCAGUCAGUGCAAGUGAACCGGUUUCCCCAGCUCACAAAUCCCCAGUACAGCAGUGCAGAGAGUCCAGAAGCCUUGCUGCUUUGGUUCAUCAUCAAAAUGUUCCGGGACAGAGUGUCAGGUCUCCUCCUCAGCAAAUAUUCUCACCUGUUAGUAAGAUACACAGUAAUGAACCACCUGGGGAGCAAGGCCUGUCUCAUCCUUUUAGUGGAGACUUUGCAAUGUCUUCAGAGGAAAUGAGUCCUCAUAAACCUGCUGUGGAAGAGCCAGGUGGGAUAUUUAUGUUCCAAGAACCAGAUGGAGCUUAUAAACCAGCUGCUGCAGAUGAAGACUUGCAUACUAUAGCUGAUGAUAUAAUAAAAACUAUACCAGAAAGGCACUACGAGCCAGUAACAGUGGGCCAUUUAGAACCUAUUGCCGAGAAAGUGUCAGAAGGGCACCUAGAAUCCAUUGCUGAGAAAGUACCAGAAAGGCAUUUUGAGUCGAUGACAGGAGGACAUUUAGAACCCAUUGCAGAAAAACCUUUUGAAAAUAUGUCCACAGUUAGCUUAGAACCAAUUGCAGAAGAAAAGCCAAAAUCAGAACUAGAGAUGUCACAAGAGACAGGGAAUUCUGAAGCGAAAGAUAAGUUGGGAGAAUGGGUAUGACAGUAAUCCAUACUGGCAAAUGAUAAGACUUUAUUUGCCAUAUACAAAA